AUGGAUAAACUGACCAUCAUCUCAGGAUGUCUCUUUCUGGCCGCCGAUAUCUUCGCCAUCGCCAGCAUCGCCAACCCCGACUGGAUCAACACCGGGGAGUCCGCGGGAGCACUCACCGUGGGCCUCGUGCGACAGUGUCAGACAAUCCACGGACGAGACCGGACGUGCAUCCCACCUCGACUUCCCCCCGAGUGGGUCACUACACUGUUUUUUAUCAUCAUGGGAAUCAUUUCAUUGACUGUCACUUGUGGUUUGCUGGUGGCUUCCCACUGGCGAAGAGAAGCUACAAAAUAUGCUCGGUGGAUAGCGUUCACUGGAAUGAUCCUUUUCUGUAUGGCUGCCCUAAUAUUUCCAAUAGGAUUUUACAUCAAUGAAGUCGGAGGUCAACCUUAUAAAUUACCCAACAACACAGUAGUUGGGUCAUCCUAUGUACUUUUUGUCUUAUCAAUUUUCUUUACAAUAGUAGGACUUCUAUUUGCCGGCAAAGUUUGUUUACCAGGCUGAUGAAUGUCUAAAUUGCUUGAUUCUAUUAUUUUUUAUUUUAUUUUAUUUUAUUUUUUUAUUUUUUGGAGGGUGGGGAGGGCAAAGGCAAGGCAUCUGAGUGUCCUCACAGGAAGAUGCUGAGAUGAAACUGAUGUUGAAAAGAAAAAAAAAAAAAAAAUGCUUUGAUUUGUUCUCACUAUGCACUUUGGAUUUAAAAACAAAAAUAGAGGAGAGCCUUUUCCAUAACCAAAUACAGACAAUAUUGACUUAAUCUCCUGAGCAUAUUCAGGCAGUCAGGUCUGCACUGUGAUAGCAACCCAGUGAAGGAGAAUGCUUUAUACUGAAAAGCAUGUGGCCCUUUGUGACUCUGUUGUUGCGUUUUUAACGUCUAAUGAUUCAUUUGAGG